UAGAUUUAGAUGACUGAAAACUGCUCAUGUUCUCUUCUCAACAAAGACAAUCGAUGCUGUGCCACCUUGUUGUUUCCUCUACGACAUAUUAUAGUGUGACACCGUGACCUUCUUCCCUAAUGUUUGAGAAGCCUGGCCGUCAACACAUGUGAGCAUACCUCUGAGAGCGUUCUGGACUCUGAGUGAGAUGUUGCCGUUACUUGUAACACUUGAAUAACACCGGGAGUCUGGGAGAAGCGCUUCUGUAAAAACAGUCUGGCUCUCCUGGUUUUCUAAGCAGUUCUUGUUUCGUUUCAUUUGUGGCGAUGUUGCUGCGGCUCUUCACUCCCAGAGGCUGUGCUGUUUUCUGGAAAUGCGCUCAUUCUGUGCCAUUCUGCACUUCCGGGAGGCAAGUGUGCAGUUUUAAUACCAGCAACAGCAGAGCCAGCAGGCACAGAGCGUCCAUCGCGGUGUCCAUCCGCCUCCUCAGUGCUAUCAGCCCAGCGGGGGAAGAUGCUGCACAGACUAAAGCAGGUAAACCCCAAGAAACAGAGGCUCUAGAUCUGGACAGGUGGAAGUCUGUGAUGAGAUCCCAGGCUGCAUUUGAUGAGAAGCAGGUUCAAGAUGAAGCAGAGGAAAGUGAUGAUGAUGAGAACCUGAAAGAGCCAGGAGAUGAUUCAAAGGACGGGUCUUCUCUGGAGGCAAUGCGGGAUUUGGUUGCGAUGUGGCAGCAAGCUGGAAAGCUUGUACCUGAAGAGAUGACUGAUGAGGAGGUGGAGACACUGGCGAAGCUCACCACCAAGUCAUCCAGGAAGAAGUACCUGAAGUACCUGGCUAUCAGGGAGCGCCACAAAAAGGCCCGUAAGGAGAAGCAGCAGCAGAAGGCGGCCAAGAGAGAAGCAUCUUUGAUGGAGAAAAGAGAACUGGAGAGCGGUGGAGAGGAAGGGGAGGGGGAGGGCGAGGGGGGACCCAGGUUGAAAAAUACACUCUUCCUCCAAUUCUGGGACCGUUCUCUGGACAAGCUGCUGGCGUGGAAGUCCGCUCAGUCCAUGGUGUUCGGUCAGCCGCUGGUGUUUGACAUGAGCUAUGAGUCGCACAUGUCCAGGCGGGAGAUCGAGAACACGGUGUCCCAGCUGAUGGAGGUGGAAGGGCUAAACCGGCGUGCCACUGAGCCCUACCAUCUCCACUUCUGCAACCUGCAGCCAGAUGGACUCUACAAGAAGGAGCUGCUCCAACGGUACGGUUCAGAGACGUGGGAGCGCCUACUCAUCACCACCUCUGAGCGGCAGCACAUAGACCUGUUCCCCCGCGAACAGCUCGUGUACCUCACUGCAGACUCGCCUAACGUCCUCCGCACCUUUGACCACUCAAAGGUUUAUAUCAUCGGAGCUCUAGUGGACCGCUCGAUCCAGACAGGCUUAUCACUGGCCAAUGCAAAGCGUCUGAAGCUGGCCACAGCUCGUUUACCCCUUGAUGAGUUCCUCCACUGGGAGAUGGGAGCCAAAAAUCUCACUCUGGAUCAGAUGAUCCGCAUUAUGCUCUCUUUCAAGGAUACAGGUAGAUGGGAUGAGGCGUUACAAUUUGUGCCUAAAAGGAAGCACGACGGCUUCCACCAACAACAGACACAGACUGCCAGACACAGAGCCAGAGAUGAUGGCGACAGGCCACCGAGGUCGGGAGAGAAAAGAAGUAUAAACACAUUUAAAAACAAAGAGCACAGAGAGUCCGGGUUCACUGGAAGAGACAGAGACAACACACCAGCUGGAACCAAAGUACGGACAUCGUUAAAGAGUGACAUAGAAGCCAGAAAAAGUGCAGGCAAGAACAGGAUGUGGUGGCAUGAGGAGUGAGAAAAAUAACUUUUGCUAUUUUGUAAAUGGAAAUUGAAAGUGAAUAAAUGCUGCUUUAAUGACAACAAUG